CUUGACGCAUUCGUAUCGGCCAACACAAGUACAACUUGUAAUUGCUCAAUUUGGGCCACAGAAUAUAUUUCCAUUGGCAUUAGUGGGGUUCAAAUUCCAGAACAAAACUGUGGAUCAACUUUAACGAUAACGAAAACGGAACCAGCAAAACAGUUGGUAUAUACUUGCAGAGGUAACAUGGUAUCACAACUGUAUACACAGAAUAUUGACAGUCACGGUUACUUCGUACAGCUACACACUACAGUUGCAAGAAAUUACGCGACCUACUGCAUCAAUAUCGUCAUUAAAGGUGGUUCAGGAAACUUGAGCAUGCAAUGUUAUUCGCCAACCGGCAGCUCAAUCACAAGCUUGUCACGCCCAUCAGAAACAACUGAAUCGGAAAUAACAGACAUGACAACAACUAUGAAGAUUGUGCAAGAAAAAGUUUCAAAAGAUUUCCCAGUUCCAGCUGUAGCAGGCGGAGCUGGUGGAGUGGUGCUAAUUGCUGUACUAGUCAUCAUAGCUGUCAUUUUAAUUAAAAGGAAGCGUCGCCACCAGAAACAUGAACAUGAUUCAGACUACGAUGGAGGCUACUGCAAUAUGGACGCGGAUCCGUACAAAUACCAGAACACCAAGUCAUCUGGAAGAUAUCCAGAAGAUUCAGCAGACCAAGACCAGACUGGCAACCAGACGAUUCGCUCACCAUCAGACGACUAUGCAUCUAUUGAUGACGAAGCUGGAGGCAUUACUCGGAAACCGCAGGUAGCCCUAAAACCAAAGCCACCUAGCACAAGUAACCAUGGUGACUUCCAACCACAACCUGACCACGAUCACGUGUCAAGCAUGUACGCCAAGGUUAACAAAAACAAGAAACCGGCCGAAUCUGUGAAUGAAGCCGCCAUGCCAGUUAUGCACGUCAAUGAGCUCUAUGCUGUGGUUGACAAAACUAAAAAGGGGAAACAACCGUUGAAGGCUAAACCUUCUGGUGAACUAUACGCCGUGGUAAACAAAAAGAACAAGAAGUCAGGCGGGACGGGUUCUGAAUCUAAACACCAAGAUCCUGAGUCUGAGGUACCUGGUGAUGUCUACACUGAAGUUCGGAAACUGAAGAAACCUGGGAAUAAUCCGAUCACUCCUAAAGGUUCACCUGGACUCAUUUACACUGAGGUGGAGUUUGACGAAAACACAGACGAACCGCAGGGGGCCACAGGAGGGGAUGAAAAGACAGACUCAGUUGCGACAGAGGAGGAUCGUGUUCUGUAUUCUAAAGUGUGUUAACUAGUUCUGUGUAGAUGGUUGGGUGGGGAAAUAGGUGGGAGCACAAUGAAUACUGUUAGCCUAGGUCAAUACUCUUAAACGUAAUGUUUCUAAGCACUGUGUUUGCCUCACCGAUUCCUCAUUUUCUUGUUCAUAACGGGCCUUUCGUGCCAUUAUUUUCCACAGAUCUAACUCACCACCUUUUUGUUUGUCAGACGUUUUAUGCAGUUAAAUAAAUGUUCUUACACACCCGUUGGUGAGAACAUUAUGCGUUAUUGUUUUAUAACACAUUGGGUUUUUUACACACGUAUUUGUUUUAACAAUUCAAGACAUACGACUAGCUGCUCCAAGGUGAUGACCAAGUCACCAGUGUCAUGCAUCCAAUGAAAACAACACAGUGGAAAUAGAUUACACUGUGACGUAGUUAACCUGACAAUAAUAUAUCUGUGACGCGUAAGUGACCUGCAGGUGCAACGACUGUAAAUAACGUUUAUCUCUCCCGUGGUGUUCCAACAAUCGCAUCUUCCAAUAUCAAACUUUACCUUUAACCAUAAAUAAACAUAAAACAAAUUCAUAGGCGGUGAAAGGUAAGGAUAAUUAGGUUUACAGAUGUGGAUAAAGCAUUGUAGAUUGCAUGUACACGAGCCUUUUACUCACAGCUUGUUUGGUUGCCGGUAGAACGCACAUUCAAGAUUGUUUGACUUUUCAAAACCUGUUUUGCUGACUAAAGGUAGUACUAAACCAAAUAACUUCCGGCUGGGUCAAAGUUCGAGGUGCACCCAACUUUUGAUAGAGAAGUGAACACCACAAGUCCUGUGAUUGGU